GGCGGGCUGUGACUCUCAGGCGGCCCCGAUCCCCUCAGCGGGGCCGUUGGAGCGCGGCCGGGGCUGAGGCGGCCCCGCCGGCCCUGGAGCCGCCCGGCCCCGCCGGGACCCCCCGCCCGCCGGCCCGGCACAGGUUGUCGGUUAAACGUUUGGAGGAGGAGCCGAGCCCAGGGAAGUGGGAGCUGCCCUGAGAGGCUUGUCCGUGUGAUUCAGGUACCGGGAUCUGUUGGCACUGACUGUGGGAUGGAGCACAAAUGCUGUUUUCAGGAUGAUUGAGGAGAGUGGGAAGAGGAGGAGGACCAUGGCAGAGAAGAGGCAGCUGUUCAUGGAAAUGAGAGCCCAGAACUUCGAUGUCAUCAGGCUCUCCACGUACCGCACGGCCUGCAAGCUGCGCUUCGUGCAGAAACGCUGUAACCUUCAUCUUGUUGAUAUCUGGAAUAUGAUUGAAGCCUUCCGAGAUAAUGGCCUUAACACUCUGGAUCAUAACACAGAGAUCAACGUGUCCCGGCUAGAAACAAUCAUUUCAUCCAUCUACUACCAGCUAAACAAACGCCUUCCUUCUACUCACCAAAUCAGUGUAGAGCAAUCCAUCAGCCUCCUCCUCAACUUCAUGAUAGCAGCAUAUGACAGCGAGGGCCACGGGAAGCUGACGGUGUUCUCAGUGAAAGCCAUGCUGGCCACCAUGUGUGGUGGGAAAAUCCUGGACAAGCUCAGAUAUGUUUUCUCUCAGAUAUCAGAUUCCAACGGACUAAUGAUAUUUACCAAGUUUGACCAGUUUUUGAAGGAAGUUCUGAAACUCCCAACGGCCGUGUUUGAGGGGCCUUCCUUUGGGUACACGGAGCAUUCCGUACGGACCUGCUUCCCACAGCAGAAAAAGAUCAUGCUAAACAUGUUCUUGGACACGCUGAUGGCUGAUCCUCCUCCCCAGUGCCUUGUGUGGCUCCCUCUCAUGCACAGACUCGCCCAUGUUGAAAAUGUCUUCCACCCCGUGGAGUGCUCGUACUGCCACUGUGAGAGCAUGAUGGGAUUCCGGUACCGGUGCCAGCAGUGCCACAACUACCAGCUCUGCCAGAACUGCUUCUGGAGAGGCCACGCCAACGGCCCCCACAGCAACCAGCACCAGAUGAAGGAGCACUCCUCCUGGAAAUCCCCGGCGAAGAAGCUGAGCCACGCCAUCAGUAAAUCCCUGGGCUGUGUCCCCAGCAGGGAGCCCCCCCGGCCCGUGUUCCCCGAGCAGCCAGAAAAGCCACUCGACCUCGCCCACAUCGUCCCUCCUCGGCCUGUGAGUAACAUGAACGAGCCCAUGGUGACCCACGUGUCCUCGGGAGCGCCCACGCCCACCAAAAGGUCCCAGCCCAGCCCGGACCCCCCCAGCGCGGUGGCCGACGAGCACUCCCUGAUAGCCACCUACGUGAGCCGGCUGCAGCGCGGGGCACGUGUCCUGGACAGCCCAGGGCGGCUGGACGAGGAGCACCGGCUGAUCGCCAGGUACGCCGCGCGACUCGCCGCCGAGGCCGGCAAUGCCCCCCGCCCGCCCACAGACCUGGGCUUCAGCUUUGAUGCCAACAAACAGCAGCGGCAGCUGAUAGCGGAGCUGGAAAACAAGAACAGGGAGAUACUCCAGGAGAUCCAGCGGCUCAGGCUGGAACAUGAGCAGGCCUCUCAGCCCACCCCCGAGAAGGCCCAGCAGAACCCGACCCUGCUGGCUGAGCUCAGGCUCUUACGGCAGAGGAAGGAUGAGCUGGAGCAGAGGAUGUCAGCACUUCAGGAAAGCAGAAGAGAACUGAUGGUGCAGCUGGAAGGGCUGAUGAAGCUGCUCAAAGAAGAAGAGCAAAAGCAGGCAGCGCAGGCGGCGGGCUCGGCACAGCCCUCGCCCACCCACGGCCGCCCCAUCCCGAUGCCCGUCAGAUCCAGCUCCGCCGGGUCCACCCCCACCCACGGCCCGCAGGACGCGCUCACUGGAGUCGGGGGGGACGUGCAGGAGGCCUUCACACAAGGUACGAGGAGGAACCUCCGCAAUGACCUGCUGGUAGCGGCCGAUUCCAUCACCAACACCAUGUCCUCGCUGGUGAAGGAGCUGCAUUCAGCAGAGGAAGAAGACGAAGAAGAAACAGGGAAGCUGCAGAAUGGGAAGGACCGAGGUUAGAAGGGCAGCCGAGGCUGGACAGCAAUUCAGGCACGGAGGUUGCGCUUGCGAUCGAGGGACGUCUGCCACCCGUGGGAAGAGGCACGUGCCAGCCCAUCCAUCACCAUCGUGCAACUGUGACCGAUCUCCACCACCUGCUGCCAACACAGCUCUCCCAAAGCCACCUGGAGGGCUCUCCCAGAACCACCCGGGGGGCUCUCCCCAAAACACCCGGAGGACUCUCCGCGGGCACCUGCCCUUAGGCCAUUGCAUGUUCCCUCGGUGUGUUUCCCAGCGAUGACCACACCAUGUCCCACCCGGCUCAGCGAGUCAUGGGAGGCUUAAAAAAAAACAAACAAAAAAAAAAGCAAGCUGAAAGGAAACUGCUGGUGGCUGUUCCCGCUCCGUGUGCGGCUCCGUUCCUAUCUCCUCCCAGACGGUGCCACCGUCACGUCACACGCGGGCCCUUCCUCCUUGUGCGUGUGGAAAAAGGAGUGCAGACCCUCCUGGGGUCCCUCCUGCGUGGCAUGAAGGGGAUUCUCUCUCAAAAACCCACCUUCUGACACGCUGGAGUCAGGUGUGGGGUGUGUCCUCCUGGGGGUGGGUGCAGGUGACGGGGUGUCCAACCAGGGGGGCUGUGAUGGUGAAAAGCUCUCCCAUCCUGAGCAGGGAAUCUGGGGAGGAGCACGGCCAGGCUGAGAGCUGCACCUCCACUCCCAGCAUCAGGAGUUGGGUCCAGUUUUGGUUAAAAUCAAAGGAAAUAAUGGAGAGGGGGGUGGCAGAUCCCCUCUGACCUGCGCUGGGCUCCUCUUCCAUCACUGGUUCCCAAAUCAUGGCCACCAGUCCCAGUCAUGGGUGGUUUUCAGCAUUUUUUUUCCCCGUGGUGCUUAGGAAUGUUAUUUUUAGUGGAAGGAGCCGAGGGCCCUGAUGCAUCUAUAAAUAUUUAUGGAGGGUGAUGGAUGGAAGGGAGCGACAAACCCUGGGAGCGCCCUCGGCUCUGCCGCUCCCUGCACCGACCCGGGGCCCACGGGAAUGCACUCACUGGGUCCCUCCAGCCCACAGGAGAGGGGGAAUAAACACCCAUGGUGGCCACA